CGUCUCCAAUUUAAGACGUUCUUGAAUUUUCUUCCUCUCCCAGACAUUCUAAAUCUUGCAGCCCCGCCGUCGCCGUCGAACCUGAGCAGACAGAGCUCAGGACUCUCGACCAGCUCGCCCGAUAACACGUCCAGCUUCGCUAGGCAAUUUCAGGAGCGCCUCCUUUUUUCUCCGCUUGGCCUAGCGCAAAUCUUCAAUUCCUCGUUCUCGGCCCUGCUUCACUGAUCUCAUCCUCGAAAAUGGCUUUCAUUUUCUUUUAGGGUUUCUAAGAUCAACCCCCUUAGUUUCCGAACCCAAUCUGUACCACUUCUUUUUCUACCUAAUACAAUUCAUCAACAUGGCGAUACGCGUCACCGUCAGUUUCUCCGGCUACGUCGCCCAGAACCUGGCCUCCACCGCUGGCUCUCGUCUCGGGUCUUGCUCCUCCCGAUCAGUCCAUGAGUGCUGGCUCCGCUCCCGCUUUCUUUCCCCCAAACAGAAGUCCGACGUUGAACCUUCCCCUCCCCGUGCCUACCACGCCUCCGCCGCAGCCGAUCUCCGCCGCCCGAGGCCGAGCUUAUGCUCGACCCUCGCUGCUGAGAUCCUCAACGACGGUUGCAACAACCCCGUUAUUGCUGGUUUGAUCUCUCUGAUGAAGUCAACGGGUUACGGUUCUUGUUCCACGACUACCCCUAUGGGAAUUUUGCCUUUUAAAACCGCCUCGAUUCUCCCUUUCUGGCAGGGUUCGAAGUGGCUGCCGCGUAAUGAACCUGCUCCUCCCGUCGAAUCGGAGAGUACCGAGGUGGAUACAGGAGGAACAAGCGAAGAUCGAAAUUUGAGGUUGGAGUUGGAUACCAAAACUUUUGUUAGAAGCUGCUGGAUUUCAAGGAUUUUAAAUAAUUGCUCUGAAGAUGCCAAGGCCGCGUUUACUGCAGUAACUGUUAGUAUACUUUUCCGGUCGUUCUUAGCUGAGCCAAGGUCAAUUCCGUCAUCUUCUAUGUUCCCUACCCUGGAUAUUGGCGACCGUAUUUUGGCCGAGAAGGUUUCAUAUUUCUUUAGAGAACCCGAAGUUUCAGAUAUUGUAAUAUUCAGGGCGCCUCCUAUCUUGCAGGAAAUUGGGUAUAGUUCAGGUGAUGUGUUUAUAAAGAGGAUAGUUGCAAAGGCUGGAGACUCUGUUGAAGUACGUGCUGGGAAACUGUUGAUAAAUGGGGUUGCACAAGAUGAAGAUUUUGUUCUAGAACCAUUGGCUUAUGAAAUGGAGCCAUUGGUUGUGCCCGAAGGUUAUGUUUUCGUGUUGGGGGAUAAUCGUAAUAACAGUUUUGAUUCCCAUAACUGGGGUCCACUUCCCAUCGAUAACAUUAUUGGGAGGUCCGUAUUUCGCUAUUGGCCUCCGUCCAAAGUUUCAGAUAUCAUACAUGAUGCACAUGAGGGGAAGGACGCUGUAACAGUUUCUUGAGAUAUACAAUAGCUUUAAGGCUCACAUUUAUUUAGUUGGCUCAUAUUGAGCGUCUUCGACCACCCAUUUAUCUGGAUGUGGUUUAGAAUGGAUAGAUUUGGCAGAAUCAAGAAAAGACAAUUUGAUCAAUCUCUGUUACCCGAAGCUUUGUUAUCCCCAUUCCGUUGCUUACAUCAUUGUUCUUAUUUCAUGCUUGAAAGUGGGCUGCCCUUACCAAAAAAAUUUAAAGCGAAGAACCGGAGGUCUUAAGGUUGAUAGAAAAAACGUAGAAGAUUGUUUAACAUGAAGAAGGUGGAUUGUGCUGUCAAAUUUGAUGGCUGGAGGUAGGGAAGUUGGAGGGCCACAUUGACUAGAUUAUCAACUCUUCUUAUCAGCAAAUGUAGUGUUCAAAGUUAAAAGGGAAAGUUGGUAUUCGUCAACCAUGCUUAAGAUCUCUGAAUCUGAACUUGUAUUAAAAUGAAACUUGCUUUUGGUUGUUCUUGCUCUGCA